CCCUUAAUUCAAACAUGAAAUAAUUUAUCCAUGCGAAUAUACGCUCGUAAUUAUUCUUGCUCGACCUAAUGAUCGAUAGAAAAUAAAGCAACACAAAACACUAUCUAUGAAGAAAAAAAAAUCUUCUAAUAGAAACAACACGUGUUUCGUAUAUUUAUAGUUUACAAAUUAUCAGUACGCUGAACUUGCACCAUCGUGAUAAAGAAAAUAAUAACAAGUUGCCGAGGUCGUUUCAAUUAAAAUUUCCUUCUAUCAAUCGAUAUCGUAUAACGAAGAAAGCUAGCAAUUUCAUGGAACGAAAAGUGUUUCGUGAAUGAAAACAGCGAUAAACCAGCACGAAAAUGCGUCCGAAGUAAAUUCACAUCGAAAAAAUUCAAACUUUUCGAAUUUACCAUUCGAACAUCGCAGUUGACGGUACCGCCGAUAUCUUUGAGUCGAAUGUUAAAGUUAACCUUGUUCUUGGCCUAGUUUGUCAGUAACGAUGCAGGGGAGGAAGCUCGAUAUUUUCAAGGGAUGAUACCCGGAUAAUGGAACGAAUUCUCGGCGCGAGAGAUUUCCACAGAUAUUUUUUUGGUGGAAUUGCGUCGUGCCUGGUCUACAUUCGAAGACGUGGUGUCGAUUCGACGACGUAUACGUCCAGCGAUGCAAAAAUGCCAACGGCGUACGUAAAUAUCCUGUAACGUUAAUUGCGUGACGUAAAAAAAAAAAGGAUUUUAUGAAUUAUAAGAGGAGUUGCGAAACAUCACGAGCUCGUACGAGCGUGCUGUUUCCCUGGAUGCGUGAUAAUUUACGCACUAUGAACACAAUAACUUGAGAAUCGUCACCCACGUAUUUGCAAGUUUUCAGGUUAAUCAAGAGGCACAUGACAGAUAUAGAAUUUUCCCGCCGAUUUUCGAAAUGUCACAUUAUCGUUGUAUUCGCCUGAGCAUCGUAUUGUUAUUGAUUUCUCGUUAAUCUGUGAUUCAAAUUCCAAUAAUCUUGGCUAAAUGAAAUUUAACGAACUCUUGGACAAGAAGAUAACUCUGGUUUAUUCCUAUUGGAUAAAUACCGACCGAUAACUCUUCUUACAAAGUAGUUUUAAACUAUAAAUACUUAUUCUAUCAGGCGCAGAGUUACCGAUAUUAUCCAUGCAGUUCUAUGUAGAUAUGAUAGACAAAACGAAGAGUUGCAGAGUGUUAGUGUAUCGGUCAUUAAGGUGAAUAUAAGUUUUGAUACGUAUCAAGAUGGCAAUUGGAAGUAUUAUCUGUGGAGCCAGUACUCCCAAAAUGAAGAGAAAAAAGGCAAAGGCAACCGAACGCAGCUGGAUAGAGGCGACUUUUCAAAAAAGGGAAUGUUCAAAAUUUAUUCCAAGCGCUAAAGAUGAGCACAGGUUUAUGCAAGUACACGGAGAUAAGAAUGCAGAGUAUGAUGUGAUCACCACUUCCAGAUGUUGUUGUGGAUAUUCUUACACUCAUCACUGCGGAACUGGAGCAGACGUACAAAGUUUUACUGCUAGUAAUACCAAAGAGAAGGAUCGAGAGCAAUGGUCACCCGGUAAAAAUACGCGACCAUUUCCAACCGAUGCGUACGGAACAAUUGAAUUCCAAGGUGCGCAUCCAACGAAAGCACAAUAUGUGAGACUAGCUCAUGACACAAGGCCAGAGCCGAUAGUACAGUUGCUGUGCAGGGAGUGGAAUUUAGGUUUACCGAAGCUACUGAUUACUGUACACGGUGGUCGUCCCAAUUUCGAUCUUCAGCCUAGUUUAAAGAAAGUUUUGAGGAAGGGUUUAUUGAAGGCUGCUAAAACAACUGGCGCAUGGAUAUUCACGGGUGGGACGAAUACAGGUGUAACAAGGCAAGUAGGAGAUGCAUUGCUAUUAGAGAGAUCCCAAAGACAAGGACGCGUCGUGAGCAUAGGCAUUGCUCCAUGGGGAAUUUUAGAUAAAAGCCAUGAACUCGUGGGCCGAGGAGGCGAAAUACCUUACGAUUGCGUUUCAUCUCCAUGGACCAAAUAUGCAGUCCUAAAUAACCGACACGCAUAUUUCUUACUGGUGGAUAAUGGGACCGGUGGACGGUACGGCGCAGAGAUCGUGUUGCGCAGAAAAUUAGAAAAAUAUAUUUCCAAUUUGAAAUUACAGCCGUAUACGCAUAGCAGCAUUCCUGUCGUGGCGUUAGUCAUCGAAGGAGGAACGAACACGAUACGUUCAGUUUUGGAGUACGUUACGGAUGAUCCGCCUGUUCCUGUAGUAGUUUGCGAUGGCUCGGGUCGCGCAGCUGAUCUCAUCGCUUUCAUGCACAAGUACGCGUCCGACGGUGACGGAGAGGGGGGAGAAAACGAGGGACCAUUAGAGAGUAUGAGGGAACAGGUGUUGGAAACGAUCAAGCGCACGUUCAAAGUCACUUCCGAACCGGCGUGCCAAUUAUACUCGGAACUUUUGCAGUGUACGCGUAAGAAGCACUUGAUAACGGUAUUUAGGAUAACCCAAGAUCGCCCCCAAGAGCUCGAUCAAACGAUACUGACAGCUUUAUUCAAGUCGAAACAAUUGUCUCCAGCCGAACAGUUGUCGCUAUCUCUAAUUUGGAACAGAGUGGACAUAGCGCGCAGCGAAAUAUUCGUGUAUGGACAAAAAUGGCCACCGGGUGCUUUGGAACAAGCGAUGAUGCAGGCUUUGCAACACGACAGGAUCGACUUCGUGAAGCUUCUCCUGGAGAACGGGGUUUCCAUGCGAAAGUUCUUAUCCAUUCCGCGUCUCGAAGAGUUGUACAAUACCAAAGAAGGUCCUUCGAACACGUUAGGCUACAUCCUGCGAGACGUGCGACCGAAUAUUCCACGUGGUUACAUGUACACGCUGCACGACAUCGGGCUCGUGAUAAAUAAAUUAAUGGGCGGCGCGUACCGUUCCCAAUACACUCGCAGAAAGUUCCGUUUGAUUUAUACCAAAGUGAUGAAGAGAUCCGGAGCCCAUCAGCAGCACAUGCAUCGAAACAGCUACGUGUGGGGUAACGCUACGCGUUACUACGCCGGCUCUGGUAACAAGCAAGAGAGUUCGACGAUAAGUCUACUCGCGGAGACGUUGCCAGCUCAUCCCGAAACGCCUCUCUUCGAGUACCCUUUCAACGAGCUGCUCAUUUGGGCUGUUUUAACGAAACGUCAGCAAAUGGCGUUGCUGAUGUGGCAGCACGGCGAGGAAGCAUUGGCCAAGUCGCUCGUCGCCCUCAAGUUGUACAAAGCCAUGGCUCACGAAGCUGCCGAGGAUGACCUCGAAACGGAAGUGUACGACGAGCUACGAAACUAUGGAAAGGAAUUCGAAAAUAUUGCACUGGAAUUGUUAGAUUAUUGCUAUCGGCAAGAUGACGAUCAAACGCAACAGCUACUCACUUCUGAACUUCAGCACUGGUCUGGCCAGACGUGUCUUUCCCUAGCUGUCACGGCUAAUCAUCGUCCCCUUUUGGCGCACACUUGCAGUCAGAUUAUCUUAGCUGAUCUGUGGAUGGGCGGUCUUCGAACAAGAAAGAAUACAAAUUUGAAAGUCGUACUCGGACUGGUCUGUCCAUUUUAUAUAGCGCGUUUGGAAUUUAAAAGUCGCGAAGAGUUACAGUUAAUGCCACAGACUCAAGAGGAACACUUGAUUGCUCUUGAGGAUGAGAAGGAAGACAGUGAUUCCGAGCAUGGUGCGCCAACUGGUCCCGAUGUCGAGGCUUUGAUCAGCAACGAACACACCACGGCAGUAGUAAAGGAAACAAUCGUACAAGAAAAUGGGAAAGUCCUGACGGAUAACGACGACGGUGUUCAACGUUCGUACGACAUUCACUCUGAUUAUUACGAUAUUAAAACUAGCAGGCCACUACGACUGAAGAAAAAGUUAUACGAAUUUUAUACGGCACCUAUCACAAAGUUCUGGGCAAAUGCUAUAGCGUACAUCAUUUUUUUGGUUCUCUUCUCGUACUGCAUCCUUAUACAUAUGGACGAUCAUCCGUCGCUGGCAGAGAUUUACGCGAUCACGUAUGUUUGCACGCUGGGAUGCGAGAAAGUACGCGAGAUCGCUACGUCGGAGCCAGCCACACUUUCGCACAAAUUUAGCGUGUGGGCAUGGAAUAUGUGGAAUCCUUGCGAUGCAGCAGCUAUCAUUUUUUUUCAAAUUGGUCUAGCGUUACGCUUGCGACACUCCACUCUCGACAUCGGUCGUGUCAUUUACUGCGUCGAUUGUAUUUAUUGGUACCUACGGAUAUUCAAUAUCCUCGGUGUAAAUAAGUACUUCGGUCCUUUGGUCACCAUGAUGGGAAAGAUGGUGAAAAAUAUGAUAUACUUCGUGGUGCUUUUAUUAGUCGUGUUGAUGAGCUUCGGAGUCACGCGGCAAGCUAUUUUAAAUCCCAAUGCUGAGCCUAAAUUAAAAAUUAUUCGAGACAUAUUCAUGGAGCCAUAUUUUAUGUUGUACGGAGAAGUAUACGCGGAUAAUAUAGACCCUGAUUGCGGAGACGAACCAGGAAUGAUACCAUGUCUUCCAGGCCGCUGGAUCACACCUGCCGUAAUGUCCGUUUAUCUCUUAGUCGCGAACAUUUUACUGAUAAACCUUUUGAUUGCGGUUUUUAAUAAUAUUUUCAAUGAAGUAAACGCGGUGGCGCACCAAGUUUGGAUGUUCCAACGUUUUACUGUCGUUAUGGAGUACGAACAGAAACCAGUUUUACCUCCUCCACUCAUUGUAGUUUGUCACAUAUAUCUGCUGGUGAAAUAUUUGCUGCGAUAUGUGACUCAAGGGAAAGCGAGUACGGGUGAAAUAAACGACAACGGGCUCAAGUUGUUCCUUGAGCGCGACGACAUGGCGCGCCUAUACGAUUUCGAAGAAGACUGCGUCGAAGGAUACUUCCGCGAGCAAGAGCUGAAGCUGCAAAUGUCCACGGAGGAGCGCGUGAAGGUUACAACGGAGAGGGUCGAGAAUAUGCAUCAGAAGAUAGAAGACAUCGAUAAGAAGGAGCACACUCAGAACGCUUCGCUUCAGGCAGUGGAAUUCCGUAUACGUAAGCUGGAAGAGUUGAACGAGCAGACUCUGGCUCAUUUGGGGGUCAUACAUCGGUUCAUGGCGACGCACAUGCCCAACAUAGAAGCCCUAUCUGGUUUCGACGUAGAAGGUCGCGUGCGCAGGGUAUCGGAACGUUCGGAAGUUCUGUCGGAGACAGACUCUCAUACGCAGCUACCGACUAUCACGCUGAAACGUAAGAGGCUCGUACGGUCGUUGACCGAUGGCACGUUCCUCAAUCUAGGUCAGCCAUUGGACGACGACGUUCUGAAACAGUCAGAGGCAAUCGCGUCUCGCGAGAAUCUGAGCAGAAACGAAUCGUCCGUGAGCGGAGAUGGACACUGUCAGGACGACGUGAAAACGACAACGAGCCAGGAAACGGAAGUGAGCAAAGGAGACGGCGAAGGGGAAACGAUAAAGAAGGAAUCCCAGUCGGGGAGCAGGGAACUGAGCAUGGAUCCCAGCGGGGACCAGAGCAGAGAGCCUAGUAGCAGAGAGUUGAGCACAGACCCUAGCAGACAAACCAGCAGGGAACUGAGUAGAGAUACCAGUAGGGAUGCCACGAGCAGAGAGGCUACGAGCAAAGAACCUAGCAGAGAGGCGAGCAGCGAGGCGCCAGCCUCGGAACCAACCAGACAAGAUUCCACGGAACGUCCCACUCGACAGAACAGCAGGACACGUUCAGAGUCCGACGACGUGAUGGUCCCCUCUGGCAUCGCGAGAGGCGUGACCUGGGCAGAGCCACGAGUCGCGGUAAUUCCAUCCGUGUCGUCGACGAGCAGCACUCAACGCUCGAUUCUUCUGGCGAUGCGAGCAGAAUACACGAGCAUAACGGACGAACUAGAAAGUUACUGCGGACUCUUGAGUCCACCUCGAACGCCACCUAUUUCUCCGCCGCCUUCGAGAGCCAGACACCACUCCGGGAUGUCUAACGCAGAGAUGGCUUGGCAAAUCGAGAACGAACACCUGCGCGAUGCCGAGGAAUGCGAUUACCAACAGAUGGAGGAUCUGAUACAAAGAAGGUACAUAGAGGACGACGACGAACCUCUGCAUACCUCGGACGAAGCGAGCGGCGGCGGUCCUUUCUUCAUAUCGAACGAACACAGACACCAGCUACGCAGAGCCUCUGCCAUCGACGAAGAAUCUCGCAGGCCCGCGCCUACUAUCAGUGUCACGAGAGAAAUCGAACAGACGCUAUCGAGGCCACCGAUUCGCGACUCCGAGAGCUCCGAUCCCAACGACAAGAAUUUGAACACCGUACCUGCUCCUGCUUCGGAGACCAUGUGCUGAAUAUUAUCCAUAAACGCUAACCUAACUUCAACAUACGUAUAAAAUUGAUCAGGCUCGACUGCGAGCUGAUUUCUACCGAGCGAUUUAUACGCCUAAUAAGUGCUCGAUUCGUAAGAAAAUUGUGAUGGUAAUUAAGGUAAGCCGGUACGAGUCGAAGUAGACUCGUUAACAAAGGCAUAGUUUACAAUCGAAAUCUUUACCAUGCUAAAAAGUAACGAAUUUUAAAGUUCAAUUUAAACAUUUUUAUUUGUAUCUUAUUCGUACCUUUUGUAAAUUUGAUAUGCUUAGUAUGAAGGUUAUCAUCGCGAUUCAGAGAUGGGCGAUAUUUAAUAUUCGCUUAAUAACGAUUAGACCGAAUUACAGGAUGAAACGAUACUUGGCGUUGGACGAGCGAAUAAGUCCCAUCGCCAGGUGAAUUACCGUCUCUAGUAUCCGAAUGUAAUCGCGCCCAUCUCUGCCCAUAAACGUCGUCGAAUCGAAUGCUUACUGCGCAUUAUUUCAAUUCGCGUAUCAAGAAUGAGUACGCUGUGAACAGAUUUUUAGCUCCAAUUUUUUCUUUUUUCUUUCUUUCUUUCUUUCUUUUGUUUUUUUACAAUGUUUUAAACAUAUUUCUUUUUUAAACUAAUAGCUCGAUUACUUUUAUCUUUGAGUACUUGGCGUAUUGUACAUAUAUGCACAUAAAUUUGUAUAUACAAACGUGAAAAUUAUUCGAUUAACUCGGCUAUUCGAGAAUUGUACAUUGCAAUUUGUUGUCACGUAGCUUCCUUUUUCGUUUGAUCGUUUUUAGCAAUUUUACAUAACUAUAGGGCAUAUUUUAAUUUGUAUGUUAUGCAUGUCCGUGGACAAUUUUACAAAUUAUUUAUAAACCUAGUACAAUCAUAAAGGAAAUCGACUCUUGCGAUUCGCGUUUCAAAUACUCAAAGAAAUUGUACGGAAAUGAACGUCGCACAAUAUUACACGUUCAUCGCUGUAAUUUAUUUUUAAAACUUUCAGCUUUCUAACGCUUCCAAUAGCAAACUAAUUUUAUAAAUGUCCGCUACGAUGUUAAUAAUAAUUUCAGCGUACAUAAUUAUAGCUAUAAUUUCCAUGUAUACGAUCUAAUUAGCAGCCGGUAUCUAGGAAGUAUCCGGUGUAAAUGUACACAUGGCGAAUAAGUGAAGAUAUUUUUCGAUUCUUCGCUUCAUUCACUCUGUCCGAUUGCUUGUUAAAAAUAAUAUCGUCGACUUUGUGUAUCGUGUAGCGCACUCGAUCGUGUUCGUGCGCGGUCGAUCGCUAUCAACAACAUUAGGAUUUAUAAUAUACCAUAGAUAAUACGUACGCGCACAAUAUGUUUAAUGCAAAGAAGGUCUCAGUUGCAACGACGUUGGUUAUGUUUCUUUUCGAACGUACCGAUCGGUUCAAUACUUAUUUGCGCCUACUUGGAAAUUCCAAUUCGACGUCGCGGUACUUUCGACCAAACCAAUUGCGUUCCGAGGAGAUCUUGUGUUACCGUCGCUUACGUGAAACGUAUUUAAUGCACUAUACGAGCAUUUCUCAAGUUCCUUCCAUUUUCUAGACCGUGUACUUUUCAAUUUUAUAUGCACGUACAAUUUGUUUGUUAACGCGUGACAUCGCGCCGAGAGAAUGUUACGGAAACUGUACCGGCCUCGGGUGCAAUUUCAUUUUAGUGAACGUAGAACAAUCGACGAGCGAGGAUCGAGUGUACUCGAUGUAAAUAAUUUUCUGCUAACGAUGUAUGCAGCUUUGUUAUCGUUUAGGACACGUGCGAUAGCGUUUGUAUUAAAUCGAUACACGAAACUGCGGACCGAUUAAAGGUCGAUUCAGACUAUACGACACGGACCAGCAACGACACGACAAAACAUUCAAACAAGCGUUUUAAUGGAACUAUUCACACUCAACAGACACCGAUCUGAACGUUCCGUCAACGGGAACAGCAUGAAUAGUUCCAUUAAAACGCGUGUUUGAAUGUUUUAUCGUGUCGGUGCCGGUACGUGUCGUUGCCGGAACGUGACGGUCCGUGUCGUAUAGUCUGAAUCGAUCUUUACUCGACUUUUCAUCGACGUUACAUGGGAAACCGUCCUGUCGCAGGUUUACCGUCAUUCCGAUACAAAUGGAAACGUGGAAAGAAAGACAUUAUCGAAAUACUCCGAGUGUAACGUCGCUUAAUUUUAACUCUUUGCCGUCCCGUGCCCGACUGUACUGGAAACGGAAUAUCUGGACUGCAAACAGUUAAAUGCAUCUUUUGUGCAUCUUUUGUGCAUCUUUUGUGCAUCUCUUAAGGGGCAGUUUGCGUACUUGUAUAAUUAAUUUACGCGUUUUGUACUCGAUCGAACAAUGCCUGAUAGAUAGAGGCGGCAGCCUCUCUAGAAUUAGAAAUUAGAGACCACUAAAGCCUCUAUCUUUCUCACGUAAUUGAAACGGCAAUUAGGUGUGAUUGUUCACGGUAAACUUCACCCUGGUCAGGUCUCGUAAUCUCCGUCAGAGAUUUUCUCUAAUAAAUGUACCGUAUACAUGGGAUAUUUAACCCUUUGCACUCGAGACGUGACUCUCAGUCACCAUUAGGUUUCACGCAGCGAAUGUACGAUACCUAAUCUGCGAUACCUUUCUUUAGGUUUAAUUUCUUUGGAGCUCCAAUUGUCGAUAGAAAGAUUGUCGUCGAGGUGAUCUUGUUCUCAAAUCUAGUUAGCUUAGAAUUCAUGGCAAUUGAAUGCUUAAGAAACAUCUCGAGUUGCUGGCAGAUACCAGAUAAAAAUGCCUCGAGUGCAAACGGUUAAUACAGAUUGCGCAAUUACUCGCGAACGAUUCGCACGCGUCUAUCAUGUUACUGCCGAACGUUUUUAUGAAUCUUUUGAAGUACAGAAUGUAAACGAACGUAUUCGUCGCCGUGAAUCUUUGUUCCGGUUUCGAAACCGGAAACGUUCAAGUACUUCAAGACGCGUAAAUCGCGCCACGACGAAUACUUCUCUUUACACCCUGUACAUUUAGGGCCUUAUCACGCACUACCUUGCUGCGUCGAACACAGACUUUAAGGACCACGUAAGAAAUGCGAACCAUAUCACGCGGAUACGUUCCCUGGAACGAAGCCAAGCCUCGUGUUAGUACCUACGAUAAAAUCCACAAACUGAACAACAACAAAAAAUGAAAAAAAAAAAGAGAAAAAAAAAAGAAAACAGAACGUUUGAUAUUUGAAUCUAGAGGAUACGUAAAAAAGACACACAAAAAAAAAACAACAACAACAACAAAUAACAAAUAGAAACGAACGGAUGCCUAAUAUAAAAGUGUACACAGUAGGCUAAAAUUUUCAGAUGGAAGAGAUGGCGUAGAGCGAGCACGGGCGAACUAAAGACUGUUCCAAAGGAAACAACGCUCUGUUAAUUAUUUCGUGGCGGAACGAACGAAAGAAUCGACGCGAAACUUUUCCCUGUCUUACUGCCUUAACCGAAUGCUGUUACCGUUUAAUAGUUCGAAGACGUUCGAUGGAGACAACGACGAGCAUGUCACAAGAAUCAUUGUUCUUCUUGUCACUGUCUUGUUACUGUUCGUAUCGAGUUAUAAGUGUUAGGAAUAAUAACGAUAAAUUUUAAGCCUGAAAUUAAAGGUGAGGUUUUAAGGGAGGGGAGAAUGGUCCAGCUAAUGUAUUUCUCUAAUGCAUAUAAUUUCCAGAUAUAAUUAAUGUUUGUUAUUGAAACUUUUUGUACGUUUAAAGGGACGUUCAAAGAAGACAAUUUGACAGUGUAGAUUUAAUUCGAAUGUACACUUAUAUACUACAUUGUAUGUAUAUAUACUAUAUGUAUACAUAUGUAUAUAUAUGUAUAUAUAUAUAUAUGUAUAUAUAUAUGUACACAUAUAUAGAUAUAGUAGUUGCAAGGAAAGAAUUCGGUGAAAGCGUUCAAAUUAAAUCUACACUGUCAAAUUUUCUUCUUUCAACGUCCCUUUGUAUGUCAAACAAGUUGUAUAUAUAUGUAUAUAUACUAUAUACAAUACAGAUAUGUAUACAUAUAUAGAUAUAGUACUUGCAAGGAAAGGAUUCGGUGAAAACGUUCAAAUUAAAUCUACACUGUCAAAUUUUCUUCUUUCAACGUCCCUUUGUAUGUAAAACAAGUUGUAUGUAUAUGUAUAUAUACUAUAUACUAUACAGAUAUGUAUACUAUAUACUAUACAGAUAUGUAUACAUAUAUAGAUAUAGUACUUGCAAGGAAAGGAUUCGAUGAAAACGUUCAAAUUAAAUCUACACUGUUAAAUUUUUUUCUUUCAACGUCCCUUUGUAUGUAAAACAAGUUGUAUGUACGUGUAUAUAUACUAUAUAUAUGUAUAUAUAUGUAUAUAUAUGUAUAUAUACUAUAUACUAUACAGAUAUGUAUACAUAUAUAGAUAUAGUAGUUGCAAGGAAAGGAUUCAGUGAAAACGUUCAAAUUAAAUCUACACUGUCAAAUUUUCUUCUUUGAACGUCCCUUUAUAUGUACAAAAAGUUUCAAUAACAAACAUUAAUUAUAUCUGGAAAUUGUAUGCAUUAGAAAAAUACAUUAGCUGGACCAGACUUCCCCCUUAAGGUAUUAAUGUUAGUCCCCCUUGUAAUUACAUUGUAAUAGUUGCAAGGAAAGAGCUGUAACGAUAGCGACAAAUGUUAAGCUUCGAAUCGAAGACAGAAUAAUAAGAUAUUUAUUUAUAUAUUCAAGAAGAAAUCGAUAGGAUUAAAUUAUUUUAUUAAUAAUAGCGACAAAUGUUGUUUGACAUUUGUGAAAUCAAAAGAUGUUCUACUUCCCGCUACUCACGGGGAUUCACCUUCGUGAAACUUCUCCAAACUUUUUCCAGUCGACGUGCAGUAGGUGUAAUGUAUUCGUACAGCAAUACAAUUUGCCAAAAAAACAUUUGUGUGAGAUUGUAGUUUCUUAAUUUCAUUUUUUAUAAUCAAUGUUUAUUUUACAUAUUCUCGGAAGUCUCUAAGAUGGAUAUAGUCCAAACAACAUUUACUAGUUAAUAUAAUUUGUGAAAUGAACAAAAUAAACGCGAAAAGUGGGUAAAAGUAUAGAUGCAAUAAGUAUUUGUACGAUUCUUGUGACUAGACUGCGGAUCUUUAUGCAAAAUAAAAUCUUGGCGAACGUGCCUACGAAAAUUGAACCUAAAUAGGAAUUUAUUGUAUUCUGCAAAUAUUAUAACACGAUCUCUACUUUCAAUCUUUUUUAUAUUCUUCGAUAUUGUUUGUAUUUUGUAGUUUCUUGGAUAUUCGAAUUUCCUAUAAAUGCAUAAAGAUCAGCAGUCUACUUAUGACGAACCAUUUACAGUAGAGUUUGUAACGUAAACACGUUAGUUUAUGGGCCCGGUACGAAUUAGAAAACAUCAAAUUUCCAGUAAAGUACUUUUAAAAAAGGCUCUAAUAGAAGAAUGGAAAAAGAUCCAACUUCGAAUAACUAAUAAUUUAGUUAAUUUAACGCUUAAAAGAGUUGCAAUAAUUAUUACUUAAUGGUAUUAUAUACUUAUAAAUUAAUGUAAAUUUCUUUUUUUUUUUUAAUGAAGUUUUAAAAAUUAAACAGUUGUGCGAAUACUUAUUGCUUCGAUAUUUCUAUCGAUUAAUUAUUUUUUUCUUGUUAAUUUCGCAACUUACAUAAAUAGCUAUUCUUUUUUUUUUGUAAUCUAUCUAUUAUAGAGAUUUCCGAGAUCAUGUAGAAUGUCAUUGUUUAUAAAGAAUAAGUUAAUACAUUACAAUUUUACAUAGGUUUUUUUUUUUUUUUUUUUUUUUUAAUUGAUCGGUGUACGAAUACUUUCUACACCCACUGUAGAUUCUUUCGUUGAUUCCGCCAUUGUUUUAGAAUCGGUAAACAGACGAGAUGAAUCGUACAAUAUAAAUCGAUCGAUCUGUUGCUGAAUUUUUAGAGGGACGAGACCCGUUCUUUCUCUCGAGUUUCUUCGAGUUCAGCAUCGUGUUGAAUUAGCACGAUUAAUUUUGAGUGUAACGAGUUCGUACCUCCGUUUAUGGUUCCUGUAAUCGUUACUUUCAAUGCGUCCUGAAUCCAGGAUAAAAUUGGCAGAGAUAGGUUCAAGCUCAAACUUUUGAAAAAGCACUUACAAUAAAAUUUUUAUUUGAUAAUAAUUAAUUAUACAAAGCAUAUAUAAUAAUGAAUUUAAAAUACAUAUAUAUACAUGUAUUAAUUAUAAGUAGGAGCGUAAUUAAAUUAAAAUUUUUUUCU